UGCUGUAUAGAAGAAAACUGACAGAACACUGUAAACCAGCUAUGAUGGAAAAAAUAAAAGUCAUUAUAAAUGAAAAAAAGGAAUUUGAUCAAGACAGUAAUACAAAUAUAUAUUUUAUCUUUGUAUUCAUAUUCAUAAGGAGGCAUGAAUUCCAAAAACGUAAAAACCUUGAAGACAUUUAUAUUAAAAAAAAUUUUAACGUCUUGACUCAGAAGUUCCCAUAAGGUUCAACAGGGUUAAGGAUAUGGCCUUGCCACAGCUGUGGCACAGGUCAUAUCUGUGGCUCAGAUUCUGUCCCUGGCCUAGGAACUUCCACAUGCCACAGGUGCAGCCAAAAAAUAAAAAUAAAUAAAUAAAUAAAAGCCUUGAUUCAACUUUUCUGCCAUAAUCUGUUAAAAUUCAUAAGAUCAAUAUUGUUCUCCAUGAAUAUAUAAUUCUUUAGAGAAUGCAUUUCUUUUUACUUUUAUUAUACUAAUAUAAUUUUAAUGCUAGGAAAAACUUUUUCAAUGCCCCAAUACUGUGUGAGGAAGCUGUUUUAAGGCCAGUAGAGCAAUUGAUUAUCAUAUCCUAGUGGAUACUGGGUACACUAUUAGAUUCUUAAAAGUGAACAAAGAAAAUUGUAAGAAAAAAUAAAAAUAAAAAAUGAAUAAAGGGUUUUAAUUUAUCAAAUUUUGUGUCAGUGUACUUACUAAAAAAUAUCACAAGACAAAUAGCAAAGCCUGAGUUUUUUUUUUAGGAUGACUAUCCUGAUACAUUUUUAAUAGUGAAGAUAGAUUUAUACUAAGAUAUAAAAACAUAAUGUCUUCCUUUUAAAAGUUUGGCUUUCUCUUGAAUCUGAGUUGCAAAGUUAUAUUACAAGCUCAAAUAUAGCAAAUAAGUGAUUAUAUCAACUGGGAGAUGUUCCAAAUCUGAUAUGGUAUUAAAACACUGAAUUUUUAGUUUUUGCUUUGGUGAUGGCAGUCUUUGUCAUGCCAGUUUUCUACAAGCAAAUAAAAAUAUAACAGGUAAGGAUGGCAUUGAAAAAAUGUAAUUCGGCUUGAAGAUAUACUGGUACAUUUUUAACACAUUCUGACUCAUUAUGUGUACAAUUUAGGGAAAACUUUCUUUUAAAAGUACUUUCUUAGCUUAAAUGAAAACUUUUCUUUCUCUCAGUGGUUUGCUAACACUGGAAAGGAAAAUGCACUUGAUUUUGUGAUUAAGUGUAUUUUAGGAUGUACCACCUGUUUAUCUCAAAAUGUAUUAACUCUUCAUCCCUGCCUCUACCUAUCCCUAUAUCUUUCUCUUUCCAUUUCACAGGAAAAAUUAUGACCUCAGCAUCCAAAGGAAUUCUCCGCCCAUUUUUAAUCGUCUGCAUUAUCCUAGGCUGCUUCAUGGCAUGUCUGCUCAUUUACAUCAAGCCCACCAACAGCUGGAUCUUCAGUCCAAUGGAGUCAGCCAGCUCUGUGCUUAAAAUGAAAAAUUUCUUUUCCACCAAAACUGAUUAUUUUAAUGAAACUACUAUUCUGAUUUGGGUGUGGCCAUUCGGGCAGACCUUUGACCUUACAUCUUGCCAAGCAAUGUUCAACAUCCAAGGAUGCCAUCUUACAACAGACCGCUCUCUGUACAACAGAUCUCAUGCAGUUCUGAUCCAUCAUCGAGACAUCAGUUGGGAUCUGACUAAUUUACCUCAGCAAGCUAGGCCACCCUUCCAGAAAUGGAUUUGGAUGAAUUUGGAAUCACCAACUCACACACCCCAAAAGAGUGGCAUUGAGCACCUAUUCAACCUGACUCUGACUUAUCGCCGUGAUUCAGAUAUCCAAGUGCCUUAUGGCUUCUUGACGGUGAGCACAAACCCCUUCGUGUUUGAAGUGCCAAGUAAAGAGAAGUUAGUGUGCUGGGUUGUAAGUAACUGGAACCCUGAGCAUGCCAGGGUCAAGUAUUACAAUGAGCUAAGCAAAAGCAUUGAAAUUCAUACCUAUGGGCAAGCAUUUGGAGAGUAUGUGAAUGAUAAAAAUUUGAUUCCUACCAUCUCUACUUGCAAAUUUUAUCUGUCUUUUGAAAACUCAAUCCACAAAGAUUAUAUCACAGAAAAGCUCUACAAUGCUUUUCUGGCUGGCUCAGUGCCUGUUGUUUUGGGGCCAUCUAGGGAAAACUAUGAGAAUUAUAUUCCAGCAGAUUCAUUCAUUCACGUGGAAGAUUAUAACUCUCCAAGUGAGCUUGCAAAGUAUCUGAAAGAAGUAGAUAAAAACAACAAAUUAUACCUUAGUUACUUUAACUGGAGGAAAGAUUUCACAGUAAAUCUUCCACGAUUUUGGGAAUCACAUGCAUGCUUGGCUUGUGAUCAUGUGAAAAGGCAUCAAGAAUAUAAAUCCGUUGGUAAUUUAGAGAAAUGGUUUUGGAAUUAAAAGUUUACCAUCAUUUGCACACUUGGCAAAUUAUUUUAAUGAGAUAUUAUCUGGGUCUUGACAAUGAGAAGAGAGUCAACAUUCUGCUUUUGUGUCACAAUUUAUUUGUAUCACUCUUGGGUGACGUGUACAUUUUAAUGGAGAUUUUUAAGAGUGCAGCAUCAGCAAUCACUCCACCUGGUUUUAAAUUAUCAUAUAUAUACCUAAUUAUGUGCACUGAAAAAUAAUUUAUUCUUCUCUAUCAUUUGUAAACAUUGUUUUUUCAUAUUUUUGUAGUUGUCUGUAAUGUAACUUUGUGAUAUGAUUGUUGUUCCUACAUAGAUCGGUUGUUUAAUCCAUUUGGUAAAUGAAGAUGCACAUCUUAAAAUAUGAAGUAUUUUCAUUAAAUAUUAUUAUCUCUAGUUCCAAGUUUGCACAGUGUAACAAAGGAAAAGCAUUUGUAAUCGAAUUCUAACUUCUUUGACUUUGAAGUUGAACAAAGUAUAUAACUGUCUCUCUUUGAUCUGUUUUGUACCUGUUUACCACAUUUGUGAAUGCAGAAUUAUUCAUGUAGUGAAUAAGCAAGAUAGUGAAGCAGAACUGUUCUAUUCAAGAAGCUAUUAGGCUUUCCAUUUAUUUUCAUUAAGUUGACUUGCAAAUGCACCCACCUAUUCUCAUGAUCUUAAGUUAAAAUUAUUUAAGUAUUUUUAAAUAUCCAAUUUGUGGGAAUUUUAGUACCUAGAAAAUAAUCUUAAUAACUCUUAAGAAAAUCUAAGACAAUUUUCUUCCUGACCUUAACAUUUAUUAUUACAAUAAAACAAUAUUAUCAAAUGUCAAGGGAAAAGGAUACAUACAGAUACAAAUCAUAUUUAUAAACAAUACAUUGAUGUACAAUUUUUUAUAACAUAUCAAUUUAUACAUUUUUCCAAAGACCCAAUAUCUAAAGCAGUUUCCUUUUACCAUAAGGGCAGAUAAAUAGGCAUAAUAUUUGAGAUGUUUGUCCUGUAACUUAAAAGAACCUAAAUAAAAUGACCAUUGAGGUGUUAAGUAUAAGAUGCUAAACAUAAUCAAGUGAGAAUCUGUAGGAAACUCAUAAUGCUAACACAGAGUGACAUCUCAAUGCAUAUUUGUUGAAUGAAUAUGAAUGGCAUUGAAAGUCAUCAGGUAAUUUUUAUUUGUUCUGAUAAAGUGACAAUUCUAGCUUAGAGGUACUAACUGGAGAUGCUAUUUUAUAUUCCAUUUUUGUAAUUAUUCAUAUAUGGCAUAUAUGAUCAUAGCCCUCAGGGUUUUACAGAACCAAAAUGAACAUUCAUUACACUAAGUUUUUUGAUAAGUCACCCCUCAACUUGCAGUUGCUGUACAGUGUUUCUCCUGCAUAAGGUUAAGGGCUGGACAUAGCAGAGGACACUAAGUGAGAAAAGAUUGGAAGCCAAGGAAUCUUCAAAGAAGGCAUUUCCCAAAAAAUCUUUAAUAACUUUAUUCCAUUCAAAAACCCAUCAAAGGUGUUAGAAUGUUCUGAUGACAUCUAUCUGGUGUAUGAUGCAAUUUAUUUUAAUAGUCCUAUACAUUGUAACAUCACUAGAACACAAAUCUACAUUUUCUUCAUCAAAUGGAAGUUAGAGAAAAGCAAAAUUGAAGUCAAAGAGAAGGCUCUAUGUCCAGCAAUCCAGACUACCUUGUGAGGGAACAAGCUCUCAAGAUCACUAGAAGGAUUGGGAAGAUUCCUGCACUGGAUGGAGGAUUGUUUGAUCUUUAGGUUCAUUCCUUUUACCCAAGAUUGGACGGGCUCCCUGUGUCAGGCAAUGCUCUAACCAGAAAUGAAGAUGAAUGAGGUACCUUCACUGCCUUAAAGGAGCUUACAGUUAAGUGGAAAAAUGCAUGAAAGCUUCCUUUCAGUCUAUAUUUGGGCCCAUCCUACUCUCAAUGGAGUUUAUAUGAGUCACUGCUGAUUUAAUGAAAGUCAAAUAGCAAAUUUCCCCAAUUGCUUAGCCAUUUGGCCUGUUUCUGAGCUGCAAACUUUGUUUACUCAUUUGACCCCAUGGAAGACUCCUUCCAUAUUAGCUCUUCUAACUGCACUGCAUCCAGAAAUGGUAUAUCUGUGUGGAUGUCCUCUUAGAAUGAUCUCCACCCACAUUUAUUUCAUCAUGUUCAAAUAGUCAAACUCAUGCAUUUAUGUUUACUUUGUAUAUUUUUGGUGUACAAAAUGUAUAGGGAUCUAAAGAGGAUGCAUUGCUAACAGAUUUAGAAAAUUUUGCUUUCUUUGAAAGCAGAAAAGUAUUCAAUAAAAAGCCUUUGCUGUGGUAGAUAUUCAUGAUUUCAAAGAACCGAAAAACCUGAGGGCAUUGCCUCUAUUGUCAACUAUGAAUCUGGUUUCUUUCUCAGUCUGAGACUAUAAUUAUAUGCUGAAAAUACGACUCAAGCUAAAGUAAUAAUACUAAAUGACUAACUAGCACAUCUGUAUAUUAAAAAACCAUUACCAAGUCCCAGAGAAUAAGUUUUCUUAAUUGGAAGUGCUAAAAAUGAAUGAGUCAACUUCAGUUCUGAGUCCAUUGAUCAGUGAGUUUUGAGGCUGGAAGAAAUUGGAACAAUGUUAACAAACUAACCUCUUUGUUCUAGUUAUGAGUUAACUAGAUUCAGAGAUAAUAUUUAUUUAUGACAUAUGCUCACACGCAUACACACAUACUUACACAUUCAUAUACCACACAGCUGUAUUGGCAUAGCCAAAAUUAGAAUUUAAGGGUACUGUCUCUCUUGACCCCAUGUUAUCUUUCAUGGUAUUUUCACCUUAUCAUUGAAGUUAUGUCUCAGUUCUAAAAAUGUAAAUGCCUUAUUGGUGUUAUUAGGGCCCAUAGAAUAUUAUGCUCUAUGUAGAAGCACUUUGACAUUUGAAAAAGUAUACAUACAGGAAAUAAAACAUGAAACUUUUUAGCAUUCUUUCUGGUUUAAAUAUCUUAAGAGUUGAGCUCUAGCAGAAAGAUACAGGUUUUCACUAUAUUUUAAAUGAACUGCAACCCUCAAGAUGGUGAUUUGAUUGUUUCUCAGCCAUUUCUUUAAUAAAUCCUGUGGAUUACAGUUCUUUUGAAGGAUAUCUCAUAGUGAAAGAUAAAGAUUUUCAAAAAUAGCUCACUGCUAGUUAUAAAAAUAAACCAAUUUUGCCAGGAGAUUGUGAAUAUUAAAAAAAGACUAUUUAAAAAUUUUUAUUUUAAAAUAUCAACAAUCUUUUACUUUCAAUGGUCUGAAUAUUUAGAUUUUUUUGCAGGCCUUACUAGUAGGAAUAUAUAAAUGUUAAUUGUUAUAGGCUGUAUUAAUAAGAACAUAUACUGAAUUCUCCAAAUCCAGCAGUAUAUCAUGUUUAAAGAAACAAAGACAUGAUAGUCAUAGUUUGUAACGGCCAUAAAUUUGACAAUAUGAAGUAGAAGCUGAAAAAAAAAAAUCUAAAUAGGAAACUAUUAUCAGUUUAAAAUUUUUAUAUUUACUACAUAAAUUCUGAUAUUCCCAGAAUGUGCAAAAAUAUUUCCUGCUCUGAGGGCUUAGAAAGCUCAGAACAUUUGAGGUGUAAAUUGACCAAAUAUUUAGACAUUAUUUGCUGGGCCUAUAAUUCUUCCCUUUGGUUGGAGGUUAAAUAUGAAAAGAAUAGGAAACUAUACAAUUGAGAUAUUUUUGCUUGCCUAUUUUCAAACUAGAUUCCAUGAGUCUUAAGGUAAUCACCCAGAAAAUGUCUUUGCAUGAAUUAAUGUUACCAAAAAUAAGAUUUAGAUCCUUACACUAUGACUUUGUGCUUAAUAAUAUAUUUCAGUGCCCUUAAACUCUGAUCUUAAUUAGGAGAACUUCUUAAUAAAUUAUAAUUAAGCUGUUAAAAUGAAUUUUGGAAUCUGUUAAACAAAAUAAAUUUUGGAAUCUAAAAUCUAAAAAAUAAAACCAUUUCCUAACACAGAAGAAGAUGUCAACAAGUAUUUGUUGAAUGAACAGAUUGCAUUAGAGAUCAUGGAAAAUAUUUUUUUUAAAUAUGGUAACACUCCCAGCUUCCUGGCACCAGAAAGAGGUGAUAUGUUUAUUUCAUAUUUAUUUUAUGUUUUAUUUGGUCAGUUUGUUGCCUGGAUGCAAAAGGAAGGCAUUUUACAUCUUUCUAGCUUUACUGCAUUCUAAAACCCCCAAAGAAGUAACAAUUCAAGAAAGAUGAAAAGAUUUGGAACAUGUUAACACUGUAUUCAAAUAUUAAUAUACCAACUGUUUCAAGUAGGAAACUCAAUUAGUAUUUAAGGAGAAUACAAAGUGCAAGCACUGUGAAGGGCACAUAUUCAUUACCAAACUAUGCAUGGGGAGAAAUAGCUGUUUUUUUUUGCUUCCUAACUGCACUCCUUUUUAUCGCAAACAUCAGUCUAUCAAGAUGGUAUUUUUUUUCCUGAAUGUCUCUCAUCGAGAGAUUUUGUAGCAUUUUGCAAAUGGGUAAGCUCUGCUACUAUCAAAAGUGUUCUUUCUCUCAGUAAUUCAUAUUGAAUGUAUCCAUAUCCAUAAGGAUUUUACAAAAGAGUUUACAACAUCAAUGAGAAAUAGCCCACCAAACCAGAAAUAUGAAUAAUGCUAAACUGAGUUAUUGGUUGAAAAAAACUGUAAUUUUGAGAAAGCCACUUAACUUCUCUGGACUUUUUUUGUUUGUACUGGCCCUUUUAGUGUCAUUAUCCUCUCACCUAAGAUCUAAAUUGAUAUUUGCAUGUAUUUGCAAAUGCAAUUCCAAUGACCACUGCAAAAUAAUAUUUUGGAGGUAAAUAUUCCAACAAGAUUUCCCUCUUAUUUCUCUGAUUAGAUGUUUGAAGUAUAAAACUGAUUAUUUGAGCUAACAUCUGGAAAGAACCUAAUCCAAGGCUUAGAAUAUAGCAAGUGCUCAGUUAAUUAACUCUCCUCCUUUUACUUCUUCCUCCCCUUGGUUCUCUACCUUUGCAAAUUCAUCAUCUAACUACUCACUGAGACCUUAAUUUCCCUAAGAAAAAUAACCCUAUAUUGAGUAUUAUUAUAACACGUUAGAUUUUUCUAUACCAUCUACAUUCUUAUUACAAUAAUCUGAAAAUCUUUACUGAUGCAAAAUUUCAGGGAGGCAAUGAAGGCACAUAGCAAAUCCCCAGAUAACAAACAGUAAAAUAAGGAGGCUAAUUUGACUAAGCCAGAAUGAAUAAAUCUAGACAAUUUAGUUAUUUUUUAACUCAUGGUAAUAUAUAUUUAUUCAUUUGAUUUCUAUUUAAAAUAUUUUAUGAAGAAUUUAAAAAGAACUUCUCCAACAUCAACUGCCUUUUGUUAGUGUUAGUGAAAAGCCUGGUUCCCAGGUCACCUGAUCUAGAUUCACAAGUAUUUAUGAAUAAUACUGAUUCCUGGGCCUUGCUCAUGCAAUUGGAAUAUCUUCAAAUGAGUCCAAAAAAUGAUUUAAUGUAUGUUCUAAGUUAUUCUGUUCCAUGCUAGAGUUUGUGUACCACCCAUAGCCAAUAAUUCUCAAACACAUAUAUGUCUUUGGAACUUUCUGGGUCAGUGGCAUAAGAAUCACUUGAAGAAGUAUUAAUAAUACUUUUGAUUCUCUGGGUCUGGGAUGGGAACUGGAAUCUGGAUUUUAAAAAUUCCCCUGUAUAGUUCUGAUGUGCUGUCAGGUUUUGAGAUCUGUGCCUUAGCCACCUGUUAAAUGGGAAGUAUUCUAUUGCUCAGUUGAUAUGAACUAUCACCUUUCUUAAGUUCAGUGGGAAUCUUCCAGGUAUGUCAGUACUCAUUCCUCUAUUUCAAGAUCCAAAACAUUGUCUAUGCCUAAUUACUUCAUGCCUGAGCAUAGUACUGACGAAUAAGUCUCUUGAUUUGGAGCAGGUUGUUUACAGUCUCCAGAACUUCUUUCAAGUUUUGAGUGGCUCAUAGCAGAUUUCUCAAGCUUGGAGGCACAUCUAAAUUAUCUGGAAAAGACUUAAAAUUGUGGCUUCCCAAUCCCUCCUCCAGAGUUCUUACCCAGUUGCUUUGAGAUAGGACCCAGAGGUGAACAGUUGUAAAGGCUCCACAGGUAAUAUUGACAUGGGGCUACCUCUGUGAAUCAGAGUCCACACAAAAGACAUGGACAGUUCUUGACCUGGAGGAAUUAGUAGGACAAGGAAAGAUUGCAUACCUAGAAAAAAUAUCUCUCAGUCUCUUUCUGGGUUCUAACUUGAUGUUUAUAUUUUGCAACAGAAAGUCUAGAAUACCCAAUUACUAAAAUCCUUUACAGACAAAAUCUUAGGCUUCUAUGAUCUGCUUAUCUGCUGCAUAUGUUUAAGAGACCUCUUUCCCAGGUUCCAAAGUCCUUGCUUGAUGGGUGGAAAAGUAAUUUGCAACUGGGAGAUAGCAACAAGCUGUAUUAUAUGGAUUUUUUAAAAAAUUGAAGUAUAGUUGAUUUACAAUAUUAUAUUAGGUAUACCACACAGUGAUUCAGGGUUUUUCUAGACUGCCCUCCAUUUAAAUUUAUUGCAAAAUAAUGGCUGUUUUUCCCUGUGACUUACAAUAAGCAACAAGGAUAUAUUGUACAGCACUGGAUUUUUGAUGAACACAAAUUUAGAAUUGAAUUCCAGUUCUGCCACUCACUGUGUGUGGAUUACAUGACUUCUCUUAGCUGCAGCUUUUGCCUCUGUAAAGUGAAGGUAACAUAUUCCUGAUGUGUUUUUUUGUGAAGACAAAUGAAAUGACAUUUAAGUGAUGAGACAAAGUAAACCCAAUUAGUAUGGUUUACCAUAAUGAAAGAACAUUGUGAGGAAUCCAAAAUUAUUUUCACAAUUGGGUUCUAAAACUCUGAAAACUUUGAGCAGACAGUUUAUCAGAAUCAUUGCAAAUUUAAAUAAGCCAAAGGAAUAAUUUUCAGGAGAGGAGAAACAAAUACAUAGAGUGUGGAAGCAUGCAUUCACGUCUAAGUAAUGCAAGGGGUGUGGGGAGCUGGCAUAGUGCAUAGGCAUUAUCUACAUUACUAAACACAUACACCAUUUCUUAAAAAUAAUUGUAACCGAAAGCAUGCCUAAUUCUCUAUGAACAAUCAGUAAAUUAAUAGUCACUUUAGCUUAUUAUCAGUUGGCAUAGCUCAAGUCACAAAAUGGAAUAGCAGGAAGAUUCCCGAGAUCAUUUUCUGGUAAGGAAAGGGGCCUUAGAAAUAUGCAACAACUUAAUUCCUUUAGCCAUACAACUAGCUAAUGAUAUAAAUUAAGAAACAGAAUUAAGUCUCUGUCUAUUUUUCCUAAAGGUAAGAAAAAAGGUGAGUUAUUUUUUAAAUGUUAGGGUAUACAUUCAAUUAGCAGGAAUGUAUUUGUUUAGUGGCACAGAAAUAAAAUAAUUCUUAGCCAGGCUGUGAUUAAGACUCCUCUAAUUGUUAAUUGCACAAUAAAAAGAGUUUUGACACAAAUAAUCUCACUGUUCAUGUGCACAACUUCCAAGUUGUACCGUCAUUAAACAAAAAGUAGACCUAAGGAAAAUUUUCAUUUUUAAUGUGUAAAAAAUGAAUGAUAUUCAAAAUGGUAUUCUUGAGUAGUUCCUAGUUGUGUCACUUUAAAGAACAUCAGAAAUGUUUAUUAUUCCAGAUACUACAUUAGAAAAUUUCAAAAACUGAAUUAAGUCAUUUUUAUCUUAUGAUAUCUCUGGCAACCAAAUGGUUGAAUUAAUUGUAGAUAUAAAGUAUGUUAAAUUAGAGCUUGCUGGAAUUUCAUUAUGAAAAACAAAUGGAAGUUUUAUCUGGAAAACUUUAAGGGCGAUUUCUACAGAAAGGUAUGGUAACUGCAGUGGCUUUCUACACAUGGCUGUGUUCCACUUUGAUUAAUGAGAAUGCAAGGAGGUAGAAAAGCAGGCUCGGCAGAAACAGUACCCAUGCUAAAUUAACAACCCAGUGCUACUCAUUAUGCAAGAAAUACUUGCCAGAGUUACAAUGGUGCAUCCUCUGAUCUCAGAUGGGCGUCAUUAGCCACCUUCAGUCCCUCGGAUAAGACAAUCCAGAAUAUGCCAUUCUCAUCCAAGGCAAGAUUGCCAGAAGAGAGCUCACUAUCAAGAAGGGCAGAAUAUGUGUCUCCAGGGAUUGUAAUGAGCUCAGGCCUUUCAUAUCUUGUUGCCAAGAGCCCUUAAGCAAAUUGAAAAAAUCUGGUGGUCUGUAUGAAACUGAGAGCAGUAUACUUUCUAGAUAACAGAUGACCUAUCUUGAAUAUGUUAUACAUUAUUUUAAAAUAAUGAAUCAAAGGACAAAGACUAUCAUACUUGUGACCAAGAGUUUACCUAAGAGGAAAAAAUAAAACAAAGCAAAAAACUUUCAGCUCGUAGAUGCUCUACACUCAAAUCAAUAAGAGCUCUUGCCCUGGAAGAUUAAUAGGCUAUGUGGCACUAGAAAUGGAGACAGAAAAAAAAAGUUAUGAAAAUAAUGACAUGGAUUUUUAUUCUUAAAAUAAAAAUUCACAUCUCUAGAGCUAUCAGCAUGAUGGCAGCCUUCACAUAAACCAUAUAUUUGUCCAUGUGCCUUUUUCCCCCUCUUUUAAGUUUUUCACUUUUUAAAAAUUUUUUAGGUUUGGUAGGAGUCAGGGUUAGUGGAGUAAUUGUGACAAAUAAAAAACAUUUCCAUAAAUCCUGUGCCAGAUGAAAGUAUGAAGCAACGUUACAGGAGGAAAUGCAACUGGUCAAAAUUAUUUGAGUGAAAUUAUUGAAUAUUUAUCAUCUUCAUUGGAAGACUGUGGUUUAUUCUGAAUCCAAAACAACAAUGUGUACAUAAUAGAUGUUUUUAAAGGGAAAAAGUAAAGAGCUAACAAGUCCGUAGGUAGAUUCAAGUUCACAAAGCUGCAGAAAGGAGAAAAAUGGCAACAACAAACAAGAAAGGAGUCAAGAUCAGAACUCAAGCUCCAGUUUACACAGUCUAUUGUAUAUGUAAUUCACUAGCUCUUCUGGACCACACAUUUCUCAUCUGGCAAUAGAGUGCAGUAGACAUUACUUUAUGAUCACCUAAGAAACUUUUAAACGUCUAGGUUGUUGAUUAGACAUCCUGGGCUAAUUAGCCUGGCACAGGACAUGAGCCACUUCUAGAAUAUUUCUUCUUUUCUUCCUACUCCCUUCCAUGUGAUCAUGUGGAUGCUCUGUGAGCCAGAGAAACAGGGAAAAGAAGUUAGCAGGCAAUUUCUUUAGGAGCUCUAACUAAAGUGUUGCUGAAGAAGAAAGCUUCAGUGGAUCUUUACAGACAAAGAAUAGGGACCCGACAUGCUUCCCUCCUCCCAUUUCCUCAAGAACACACUUAGAGCCUCACCCACAUCUAUCCUUUUUUUUAAAUGUAGUUCUAGUAUCACCUUGAAUAGAACGAAGUACAUUCAAAUAAGGAAGCGCAAAACUAUCAUACUGAAACAAAAUGUGCCAAUUCUAGCCAAUAUGUGACUUGUAAGGGUCAGUAAUACUGAAGGAUUUGAAUGAUAAUUGUAUGUUUUAUUCAUGUAAUGUGAUUUUGCACUAUUGUAUCGUCAUAGUUAAACAGACUCUUAAAAAACCCCAAAACCUAAAUGCCAAAUGUACAGUUUAUAAAUUCAUGUUAUUUCUGAUAAGGAUUUAAUUGCAUUGUGCUAAUAGUUGUUUAAUGCUCUUAAGUUUAAUGCUCUUAACUUUCUGUAUGUGUAUUAUUGCCAUGCAGAUCCAAUAGGGUUGUUGUAAGCACACUAAUUAGUCAUCUGAAUUUUUAUAGAUAAAAGUCACACAUUGAUCAGAAAUCACUUUUCUACUUAUUUUUUUGUAGAGUAUUUUUCCACACUUGAAAAAAAACAUGAUUAUUUUAUAUCAAACAUCAGCUUUUCUUUAAAAUCUUAUUUUAGUAGCCAGUGCAUGUUUGAAAUAAGAUGUGUUAGAAACUAUAUGACGAUAUUAAGAUUGUGACGACAUUAGGUGAAAAAAUGCAUGCCAUUGGUGAAUCAUGCAACUCUGGGGGAAUUUACAGUGCCAGCUCACCCACAGACUUCAUCUCAACCCAUGUGCAUGAUUCACAUUCUUUCAAAAGUCCUUAUUAAACGUUAGCAGUGAAAAUGUUACUCUUAAUGCAAAUAAGUCCAUAGACAAUGCUGCUUUGCUUAUUUUCUAACUUUGCAGCGUAUUGUGGUAAAUUCCAUUCCCCUCAAUUUUCUUCUUGGAGUUUCUUGUUGGCAAUAAAAUACAACAAAUAAAAUCAUUUGUUGGCAAAUGAUACAAUUUACUGUAUAGCAAUUUACUAUAAUAAAGCAUGAAGAUGUGAAAAAAAUAAUCUUAAUUUGUUCCAUACUAUGAACACAAUAUUCUGGCAGCUUUUUCUACAAUCAAGAAUGGUAUGUCUGUGGGAGUUUCCGUUGUGGCUCAGCAGGUUAUGAACCCAAUUAGUACCCAGGUUUGAUCCCUGGCCUCACUCAGUGGGUUAAGGAUCUGGCGUUGGGGAGGUGUAGUGUAGGUCACAGAUGCAGCUCAGAUCCCACAUUGUUGUGGCUGCGGCAUAGGCCAGCAGCUGCAGCUCCCAUUUGACCCCUAGCCUGGGAACUUACUUAUGCCACAGGUGCGGCCCUGAAGAGCAAAAAAAAAAAAAGAAAAGAAUGGUAUGUCUUUUUGUGACACUGCCAAAUCAGUACUACUGCCAGUGGGGUAAAAAGCAAAAAACAAAAACAAAAAACUUCAGGCCAGGUCUGCACAACACUAAAUGGGGCAAUAACAGAACAUCCAGGCAGUGUGGACAGCCAAUCAAUGUAAUAGAUAGGAGGACAAAAGGUAAACCCAAUCUUUUUCUUGGGUAAUUAAGAAAAAAAAAAUGAUUGCAUAGAAAAUAUGAAUUUUGGCUGCAGAGAUAAGCCUCUACAUGCUGAUAAUUUAUAGUAGUCCUUGUGACAGAAAUUGCUCCAGUGGUCUUGCUUUUAUUUUGUUUUUGUGUUCUUUUUCUUAAAGGACACCUUUUGUAAGGGCUUUAUUCCAAGCAGAUAAUGUAUGUGGCCCAACAACCACCCCCUCAGUGAAAGAAGUUAUUCAUCAUGAUAGAGUAAGGAUAUAACAUAGCCCUUGGUGACUUAAAAUACCAAUAUAACAUUUACAUGAUUGGAAGGUAACUUCAUUGCUAUGUUAUUAAAACAAUGGGGAAUCCUAUUUAUACAUUUAUUUAUUUAUUUAUUUGCAGAGUUUGUUUCAUUCAGGUUAUUUUAAUAGCUUCAGUGAAGUCAGUAUAAUGGUAAGAAAUGCUGACUCUACCUACUAUUCCAAGUGAAAAUCAUGCCACUGAGUCUUACUGCUUUCUGGAUUCAAACAUUAAUCCAAAUGACCAGUCUCAGCAGUGUGGAGGCAACUUCCCCAACCAGGAUGUUGUAUGUUUAUGCCAUUUGGCAAUCAUUGAAAUGGGCUCUGAGUUUGGUACCAUUCAGUUUCCUUCACUGAUUCAACCUGUAAAUAACAUAGAACAUUAUGGCAGCUAAGCAAAUAUUUUAAUAAGCCAUGAAAGGCAAAAUGCCAUUGAAGAUCUGUACAUUUCAGCUAUUUGGAGAACUUGUGUUUUCCACAAAUUAAACUGGAGAUGUCAUUUGAGAUUUCCUUCCUUUAAAAGAUGCCAUUACAAUAUGGAUUCCUUGCCACUGAUGUCUUUCUAGGCUUAUAAAUAUAUGAUGUGAUUGCUAUAGUUAUAAUUUUGUGAAAUCUUGUUCAGCAAUUAAUAGUGACUUCAAUCUGUGCUAAGAUCCCCAGGCAGAAAUAAAUAUACAAAAGAUUUGAGCCUGUAUAUGUAAGAAAAAAUUAUCUUCAAUCCUAUUUCUUAUAUUCAGUGUAAGUACUUCACUGAUUUGCCACUGAAGUUAUUCUUUGGAUGUGUAAAUAAUGAUGUUCUAUUCAGGCCUAAUGAAUUACUGUACUGUGAAUAUUUAAAAAUAAAAGAGUUCAGUUUAAAUGUG